AUGAACUCAUCGAUUUUUUUCAUUGUCAUGCGCUUUGCAUUGCUUUGGAUGGCCAUCUUUGAUGCGAUUUGUUCCCUCAAGCUGCCUGGACUCAAGGCCAUUGGCAUCGUUGCGGUAAUACUAUUCUCCGUCAGCAUCAGUUCUGACUCUUUAACUUCUCAGGAAGAAGGCAUUGAGGUGACCACGGAAGGAGUCUUGUUGGAGCUGGGCUGUGCUUUGGCGGAUGCCGGCUCCGACAUCGCCUCUGAUGUGAUUGGGUCAAGCUUCACUACUGGGCUCCACGGAAAAGCACGUAAUUGUGAGCUGAAUCGGUAUCUGCUGUUGCAACAGGCUUGCAGCAUACAUUGUUACUUGCUGGCUGCUGCAUCCAUCGGCGAUCUUUUGAUCCGAUUCCGGGGCUUGAUGCCACUGUCUUCCUUCUGGCAUCAUUGCCCCUGGUUCUAA